CACAGGUAAUUGCAAAGGAAAAAUGGUGACCACCACAGCCAACAAUGUCAGGACCCAUCUUAGACUGCUGGAACUGUGUGGUAAAAUGCGGACUUGCAACAGAUACAGAUAGUGAAUUAAUGGCUUUUGCUGGUUAUUCUUUUUACCUCAAUUUAACUAUCUUACUGUAAACUUCUAUCUUUUCCAUUUGUUGUUCAUACUAAUUGGUUAGGGAACAAAGAGAGAAAACAGGGGCUGUGGCCGCUGUGCAGCUGCAAGGUUGGAAAAACCCUUCUGAGUAGUUGCACUCAGACUACAUGGGAGGACUAAGAGUUAUGGAAUCUGGAGCAGGCAGCAGUUAUAAGUGAGGAGACAUGGGAGAAGCCAACAUCAUAAGGAUUUAAUCAUGUUAAAGACUGUUUCGUUCAGGUGAUAUGGGAAUAUUAAACACCUCCACCAUAACAGAGUUGCCUUAUAUUCCUUCUCCAGCAGAGCCAGACCUGACAGAGAAUCCCUCCCUGAAAGCAAUCUUAAAUAUUUUGAACACAAAAUGUACUGAUUCAUUGGGAAAUCUGAAGCAGGCCCACGCUUUGAUCCUCAAAACUGGCCAUUUCCGAGAUCAUUACGUUGCAGGUUCCUUGUUGAAGUGCUAUGCAAAUCCUAAAUUUGGAAGUUUAUCCAAUUCAUUACGAGUACUGGAACAAGUUUAUGAACCUAAUGUUUUCGUAUGGAACUGCAUUAUUAAGGGGUGUAUGGAUCUUAGAGAGCCCUUUAAGGCCAUCUCAAUGUACUAUGAAAUGGCAAUUUCGGGCUCCAGGCCGAAUAAAUACACAUAUCCUCCAUUAUUCAAGGCUUGCACCUUAGAACAAGCUAUUGGUGAAGGCCUGCAAAUUCACGGCCACGUUGUUAAACUUGGGCUUAAUGCAGAUGUCCACAUAAUCAGUGCUGGAAUUCAGAUGUAUGCAUCAUUGGGACAUCUCAGCGAAGCUCGAAACAUGCUUGAGACGAUUGGAAAAUCAGAUGUUAUCUGCUGCAAUGCUAUGAUCGAUGGUUACAUGAAAUUUGGAGACGUGGAAGCUGCUAAAGACCUGUUUGAAAUUGUGAAGGAGAAGCGUAUCAGUUCUUGGAAUAUAAUGAUCAGUGGCCUUUGCAGCAAUGAGAUGAUUGCCGAAGCUGAGAAGUAUUUUAAUGAAAUGCCGGAAAAGGAUGAGGUCUCUUGGAGUGCAAUGAUAGACGGCUACAAUAAAGGGGGUUACUCAAAGGAAGCUUUGGAAGUUUUCGAUCAAAUGCAAAGAGAGGAAAUCAAGCCUGGAAAAUUUGUUCUGUCGAGUGCACUGGCUGCUUGUGCUAAUGUGGGUGCUCUUGAUCAAGGGAAAUGGAUUCAUGCUUAUAUGAGGAGGAACAGGAUUGUGGUGGAUGCAGUUCUGGGGACUUCUUUGGUUGAUAUGUAUGCAAAAUGUGGGCGUCUUGACUUGGCAUGGGAUGUUUUCGAGAAGAUAAAAUGGAAAGAAGUAUUUUCUUGGAAUGCAAUGAUCUCUGGGCUAUCCAUGCAUGGCCGGGCAGACGAUGCUAUCGACCUCUUCUUGAAGAUGCAGAGGGAUAAUGUGAAGCCCAACGAUAUUACAUUCGUGGCCCUGCUGAAUGCUUGUGCUCAUGCUGGAUUGGUCCACGAGGGCCUAAAGUAUUUCGUAAGAAUGAAACGGGAGUACUUAGUCGAACCAACGGCAGAGCACUAUGGCUGUGUUGUUAAUCUGCUAGGAAAGGCAGGGUAUUUGAAGGAGGCAGAGAAUCUGAUAAGUUCUAUGCCAAUGAAGCCAAACGGUGCUGUUUGGGGUGCACUUCUAGGUGCUUGCAGGAUGCAUGGAAACGUCGAGUUGGGGGAGAAAGUUGGGGAAAUCCUUCUCGAUUUGGAACCUGAAAACAGCGGUCGAUACACGUUGCUGUCAAACAUGUAUGCAAAGGCAGGGAAAUGGGAUAAAGCCCAGAAAGUGAGGACACUGAUGAAGGAAAGAGGGGUGAAAACUGUAACUGGGAGAAGCAUAAUCGACCUUAAAGGCAUUGUUCAUGAAUUCAAAGCUGGCGAUUCUUCUCACCCUCAAAUGAAAGAUAUAAACCUUAUUCUUGAAAAGAUCAUUCAAGAAAUCCAGUUAAAAGGGCAUCAACCUGAUACCUCACAAGUCUUGUUCGACAUCAAUGAGGAAGAGAAGGAAACGUCGGUCAAGUACCACAGCGAAAAGCUUGCUAUAGCUUUCGGAAUCCUGAAUACUGAACCCGGAGCCACCAUCCGUAUCGUGAAGAACUUAAGGGUCUGUGAGGAUUGCCACUCUGCCACCAAGAUCAUCUCUCAACUGUACAAUCGGGAAAUUAUCGUGAGAGAUCGUGCACGGUAUCAUCAUUUUAGAAAUGGAAAAUGUUCUUGCAAGGAUUUCUGGUAACACCACAGGAAAAUAAAUAGAAAACCACUUUGUAAAAAAUGAAACCCCACAAGCAUUCAAAAUUUUAAGUUUAAUAAAUUUUAGGACAUGCUAAUAUUUCGCCAAACUCAAUUGUGUUAGGUCAUUGACCUAAUUGCUAUGGGAGGGGAACAAGUAUAUAUAAAU